AUGUCAUGUAAUAACAUGGUUAACAUAGUGCAUAUUUAUACCAAGUCUAUUGUGUGUUUAAUAUGGUGCAUGGUAAUAUGCGUGCAAACUGUUAGGCCAUUUCAGUGUCACCAUAAUGUACUGGAUAGCCAUCACAAUGAGGUGGACUUUAUCACCUUGGUCAAUUUUACAAACGCCAUGUGCGCUAGAUGUUACUGGUAUAUAUCGGACGCUGAAAACGCCUGGGCUAAUGAUUCAAUAGUGACCAAGACCAUUGAACUAACUUAUUGGCCCGAUGUCGGAAUAAGAUUUAUUAUAAAUAAUCAAUUUAGGACUUACCCGUUUACUUAUGCUGCUUUGAAUGCGACCGAUUGGGAAAAUGAUUUCUUCCUAAAAAAUUUUGAGAAUGAAUUUUAUAUGAACACAUUCAUGGACUGUUGCAAAGACGCAAAAAAGUGUUGCGAAAAACAAAUAAUAAUAGCCGAAGAAGAGGACGACGACGAAAAGGACAACACUGUCGGACACUACGGGCGGCCCAACACGUGUCCGACCAAAUGGGACGGAUGGAUGUGCUGGGACUCGGCCGCAGCCGACUCGACGCACAAACAAAAGUGUCCGGCUAUGUCGCACGCGGCCCUGGGCUACGAGCCUACCCCGUGCGCCAAAGAGAGUGCCACGAAAAAGUGCCUAGCCAACGGCACCUGGGCCACCAAGUGGGUGGAAAAAGUGUACGAACAACCCGAGCAUGGUUACUACCCCGAUGAUGACACUUUUUACGAGUAUUGCACGUACCCGAAGGCCCAUGAAGAGUUGCGCCAGGCUAGAGUGUCCACCUAUGUUUUUAUAUUGUCCCUGGUGCUGUGUUGCGCCGGUGUGGCCGUGUUUGUGUUUUAUGAGCAACAUAAAAUUUUGCGCGUUCAGAUUCAUAUGAAUUUUAUUGGCUCGAUUAUUUUGACCUGUGUGUUUUCGAUCAUGUUCAAUUAUCUGCUCCGUGAGGCACAUUUUAGCCGCUCGGAAGUUAUACAACACAACCCAAAAUGGUGUCGCGCCCUGGUCAUAUUCUACAAGUUUUCGCACAUAAGCAAUUUUUGUUGGAUGCUAAACGAGGCGGCGUACCUGCACCGGCGCAUUGUGCUCAGUUUCGCCGAGGAGAGACACCCCCUGUAUUAUUACCUGUUUGGUUGGGGCGCACCACUGCUAGUGAUGGUGCCCUAUGUUAUAGUGCACGCUCUGGACGAGUACGACACCAAUUGUUGGACCAAACCCAUGCUCUAUCCCGAAUUGAUCUACGACAUUUUGCCCAUCACGUGCAUCGUGUUAAACGCCAUGCUACUAUUUAACGUGGUACGAGUGCUGAUGACCAAGCUUCGUUCGUCACCUGACCAUUUCAGGGCCGGUCUCAGGGCCUCACUGAUACUGUUACCCGUGUUUGGCAUACAGUAUACAUUUUACAUCGUUGAUUUUGAUCCAUUUGACUCGUGCACUACCGGCGUGUUUGUCGCCAAAUAUUGCCAGAUUGUGAUAGAGGCCAUACAGGGAGCCAUUGUUACCACGAUAUUCUGUUUUCUUAAUGGCGAGGUACACAUACAUGUAAGAAGGACCAUGAACAAAUUGGUACCCAAGAGCAGUAUUAUGCUUACGGAGCAACAGGAACUGGAAAAGACCACUUCUCUAUGGGUGUAUAUAGGCAAAGCCUACUUUUGGCUGUUAAUGAUAUAA